AUGCCUCGCCACGUCGCCCACGCUUCCACGGCGCAGCCCACGCAAUUCGAAAUCUCCAUGCGAAAGACGUUGGAGCUUCCCGAGGAGCAGAGGCGGCAGCACGCGGACCGCAUUCUCGAAGCCGCUCACGACGCGGAACGCCGCGAAUUGGAAGGCGGCGAUGACGGCGGCCGGGUCGGCGAGCGCAUUCUGGUGGACACGGGAGUGAAGUUCGGUCUGUCGGCACCGCCGCUUAAUUCGGGGCCGAGCAUGGCGACGGUGAACAUGUCGUUCUACCGCUGGGAGAGCGUCACGCCGCCGCCCGUCGUCGACUGGCGCAAGACCGUCGCCAUGACGGCCAUCCAGACGCAAUAUGUGUGCUCAAGCUGCUGGGCGAUCUCAGCUGUCGAUACCAUCGCCAUCAUGUGGGCGAUCGCCAACAACAGCACCGGGACGAAUCUGUCGCCGCAGCAGGUGUGCGACUGCGCGACGAAGCAGUGCUGCCAGGGCGGGUGGCCCGAGUGGGCCUUCUCCUACGUGCUCUUCAACGGCGGCGUCACGACGAACGCCAACUACCCCUACCAGGCGUACGAUUCCGCCACGUGUCUCCUCGACGCAACGAUGCCGUCCGUGGCGCAGAUCACGGGGUGGGAGCUGGUGCCGGCAUUCAACGCCAUGGCGCUCAUGAAGGCCGUCAGCAUGCAGCCCGUCGUCGCCUUCAUCAGCGCCUCCGCCGCCGACUUCACCGCGUACUCAAGCCGCAACGUGCUGAACAUCUACAACGGGCUGUGCAUGUCUGACGUGAACCACGCGGUGGUGGUGGUGGGCUUUAACUACACGGGGCCGGACCUCAAAGGCAGCUACUGGAUCAUCAAGAACUCGUGGUACACCACGUGGGGCGACCGCGGCUACAUGUACCUCGCCAUGACGCCCGACGUGCGCGGGAAAUGCGGCAUCCUAUCCUUCCGCUCUCCUCUCACCAUACCCCCGUUUCCGCGCAGAACCCCCGCCAUGUACCCCGUCUACUUCCCAUCGGGGCAGCAGCCGGCGCGCUUUGCGUCCGACAAGGGCGGCAAGUGGAAAAUCAACAAGGUGGACGACCUCUCGUCGUCGCUCUACUCCUCCACCCUCUCCCUUUCAACCACCACCACAACCACCACUACCACCACUAUUACUACGACCACGCAAAGUACGACGUGCGCGGGGAUGAUCAACCCGUGCGGCGGGGGCAGCUGCUACAUGAGCGGCGGGGUUCCGCGGUGCAACUGCAGCGCGAUGGCGAAUAUGGUUGAGAUGGCAUGCAAUUUACUCUCCCUUCCCCUUCUCGCACUCCCAUCCCCCCCUGCUCCCCGCAACCAUCAACUGAACUGGGUCUUAUCUCUGGCUCCCCCCCCACCCUAUCUUCCCUGCCUCCCCCUAUCCCCCUCUGCCUCCCCUUAUCCCCCUCUGCCUCCCCCCUUCUCCAUCCGUAUCCCCCCUGGCGCCUGUGUGCAGACCAGCAUCAACUGCACGGGGUGGUACCGGGUGAUGCAGGGCGACACAUGCCCCUCCAUCUGGAAUGCAGCCAACCUCACCAUGUCCAUGUUCCUCUCCAUCAACCCGGGCAUCCAGGCGCCCUACCUGGUGGUGGGCCAGCAGGUCUGCAUCGACUCACCCGUCCUCACCACCAUGCAGCGAAACCCAAACGCCAACUACUCCGUCUACACCGUCCGUGCCAACGAUACCCUCUCCUCCAUCUCCACCCAGUACCUCACCCGCUGCACAACACUCUCCGUUUCCCCCGCUUCCAUCGCCGCCCAAAACUAUAUUGCCAACGCCUUAGCACCGCUCCCCAUCGGCACGAACCUCAUCAUCCCCUGUAUUGGCGGUGUCGGUAUGAUUGAUGCUGGCUGUGCGACGUCUCUCACGGUGUGCGGAGCAGAUUUUAUCUCGUAUCCGUCGUACUGCCACGCAGCCGUGAACUACGGCCUUUCCCUAUUCCAGAAUGGCCCGUGUGACAAGUGUGGGGCGGCAUGUGUUGGCCGCAUGGGGUUGGCCCCCGCUGGCGGGUUCGGCUGCACGCAAGCCAUCUGCCCCACGUGGAACAAUGCCUGCUAUCAGACCUCCCCGCGCACCUGCACGUACGCCAUGGGACAGGGUUACACGUUCACCUGCAGCUACUAUCCUGGUGCUACUCCCUUGCCUUGA